AUGGGCCAAAAACAAAGUAAGUUAACUAAUCAAGAUAAAGCAAUUUUUCAACUAAAAUUGUCAAGGGAUAAUUUAAAUAAAUUCACUCGAAAUACAAAUAACUUAAUAGAAAAUGAAAGAGCAAAUCUAAAGUCAGCAAUACGACAAGACAUUAGUAACGGUAAAGAUUAUAAGGCAAAUGUAAAUAUACGUAUAUUAUUAAAAAGAAUACAUUACCAAGAGAUUUUAUUAAGCAAAGCUAACGACCAGCUUAUUAAUUUAGAAAAUAUGCUUUCUAAUAUUGAGUUUAAAUUAAUUGAAAAAGACUUUAUCAAGGGUGUCGAUACAGGAAAUAAAAUAUUGACAAAGUUGAAUAAGGAGUUGAAUAUAGAUUACGUAAAUGAUGUUAUGGAUACUCUAGAAGAUCAAAUGAGUUAUGAAAGAGAAGUUGAUCAAGUAUUAAACAGUAAUAUUCUCAGAAUAGGCAAUACAGGCAAUAUUGCUAUUUCGUUGGACGAUGAGAUCGAUAAAGAGUUGGAUCAAAUGUUAGGCGAGCAAAAACUCUCACAACAAGAUGUAGAUGAAUCUAAAAUUGUCGAGGAUAAAUUGCCCAGUGUUGAACAUCUUCCUCUUCCAGCAGCAAAGGUUCAACCGGAAAAAGAAAAGGAAACAGAAACUCAAAGAGAAAUGCCGUUGACCAAUUAA